GCUGCUACCACUUCUCCUGUGAAAGCAAACAAGUACUGUUUACUUCUUGAAAACAACCUAAGUCGGUGGUAUAGAAUAUAUACCAAAUGCAUAAUAUUUUUAACCCAUCACCUUAAGUUUCCGUGAUGAUCAAAAUAUAUGAAUAUUGGCAGUUUUUGUGUGUCAUACUUGUGGUGGUACCGUCGUCGUCCGGACAAGAGAAAAUCGAUCUUUUAGCAGAAAAGAACGAAAUCCCCCACGAACCAGACCAAAAAUUAAUCAAAUCAAGUAGCAAACCUGUCCUGGUAAUUAAGGAGGGGCAUGAUGAAUCAAAAACAACCCCAGCAAACAUUAAAACCCAAGCUUUAGAAGCAUUAAACAACCGAACAACCAUUGCUACGAGCACCACUGAGGCUCCGUUCACCUUAAGACCGUGGCCGGAUUACAUUUGCCCCCCAAAAGACUCUCCUAAGCCCUUCCUGUCUCUACCAUGCUUUGCCACUGUAAAUUGUGGCUUUUUAGGGAAGGAUAUGCUAUGCUGUGACGGCCGCUGCCUCAAAGGAGUAAAGCCCACAAAAACAGACCCAAUACAUGACCCUAUAUUCUUCGGAAUAAUUCAGCCCAAAUGCCCCAAAGAUCCACUAACAGAACUCUCAGAAGUAAAAGAGUGUUUCACAGAUGACGAAUGUUCUCCUAGGAUAUGUUGUGGUGAGACCCUCCCUAGUGGUGAAAGGGUGAGAUAUUGUCGCACCCCUAUUCCGGUAUGGGAAAAGCUGCCGUUACCUUCGCCAGUCUUGGAACCAUUGAAAAUUAUGACUAGUUAUAUGCAAUGCACCCCACCGCCCCCAGCCCAUUUGGACUUGCACCCAAAGGCAUGCCAGAACCCAAUGGAUUGUUUCCCUAAUUUGUGCUGUCAGGAGAAGGGCAGGAAGUUCUGUAGGCCUCCAAAGAAGUCUUUGUUGGCUUUAGUAGCUGAUUUAGGACAAAGAAUCAUUCCAGAGGAUGCUGCAAGGAAGUUUAUUGAAAGAAUUUCUUAGUAUUUGUAUAUAUAUAUUUUUUUU